CGAAGACCGACAAGCUUGAGAAGCCAAGAAGCUAUAGAGUAACAAGGCCAUGGCAAAAGCAGAACCUCAAACAGGCGAUAAGCGUUCCGCUGAGGCUUCACCAGAACAAGAAGUCAAUGCCGGCGAACCAGCACAAAAGAAACAGAACGUCUAUGCAGCAGCACGGAAGUCACUCGGUAGCGCCUUUGGUACGCGGAAAGCACAGAAUAUCCAGCGCACACGGGAGUCCAAUGUGAUUGAUACUACACAUCUUGGCGGUGUCAUGUCGCAUUUGGUUGCGCGAGUGAAUGCAGAGGCUGAAUCGGUACCGAGUAAAGAGAGCAUUCAAGCGAAGCAGGAUGCGCUGCGUCCUGUGCCGCCGUAUAAUCUGGCUGCGGAUGCGGUGGAGGACGUCUAUCCACUCACGUCGCUGAUUCUGCCGGCUGAAUCAGAGGCGAUGAAGCAGGUCAUCUCAGUGUUGAAGAAAUCUACGGAGGAGACGAGUCGGACAUCCCUGCUGCCGUAUCGCCGGUCGCGGUACGUGAAUAGUCGGUUGCAACGGACAUUUGAUGUGCCCGAGGGCGAAAAGGUGGACAGCAAGCGGCUGAGAUUGAUUUACAUGGCGUCGCUACUCAUGGGUUUGUACCACAACAAGCGAUGGGCGAGCGACAAGGAGAAGCUUUCUGAGAAGUUGAAUGGGCCGCCGCCUGCGCUGCUCGAGUCUAUUGUGGCACGCUUCACGCAGAAUGGCAGUAUUGACAACCGGGGCAGCGACAGGCUGCUGACGCAUCUGUUUGCGCUUGCACUGUUUUUGGAUUAUUUUUCUACAGAACUCAAGACGCUACAGGAGGAUCUGUCGCUGCGUCCACCGCAGAUUGCGACGCUGUUCAAGGAGAUGGGAUGUACGGUUGCGCCGAUUACGGAGACCCAGCGGCUGGUGAGUGGGUUGACGAAGAGUGAGGCGCGGAGUGUGAAGCGUGCUGUGCUGAAGACGCCGCUGACCUUUCCUGCUCCGAAGCGCGGUGGGCCUGUGAAGCGGUGAAUUCUUGCUGCCUACAGGCUGCAGUGCCUACGGUUGGCAGUGCCUACAGUGAGUAUACUCUUGGUGGUCUGGCUGAUGUGCACGUGCUGGAGCGGAAGAGGAGGAGCCUUGGCCGAUGACGUAGUAUAUCUCUGUCUUAGCGAUAGUAGCAGUGGCAGUGGUAGUAGUAGUAGCAGUAGUAGAAGUAGUAGAGAGCAAGUCUGAUGGUCGUCUUUUGCUGCCAAUGCUCUCUAGCCUACUCUAGUCCAGUAUACAGCAUACAGUA